GGUGAGACAACUCGGGUGCCACGCCUCUCAAAGACACGACGGCCAUUUCAUCAACGACUCAGUGACGUCAAGAUGAGUGACUACAAUUCUGCGACGAAACGAAAGCGCUCGCGCUCCCCUCCUCCACCCUGGCGAAAGCGAGACAAUGACCGACAACAACAUCGAGACCGCGAUGUGCCUCGAAAUGACCGAGGGGGAGGGGGAGGACAGUCACAACGAUGGUCCCACAAGGACCAAAUGAGAAUAAACCAGUUGCAAGAAGACGAACGGAUGAGGGAAUGGGUCGCCCAAGAGGACGAUUUCGUGCUCAAGCAGGCCAAGAAAAAGGCCGAGAUUCGAGUCAAAGAAGGCCGGGCGAGGCCGAUAGACUGGCUCGCCGUGACGCUGCGCGUGGUUGACCCCACGAGGAACCCCCUGGAUGACGAGGUGGACGAGAAGGACCUGGACUUCAUGGACCCCCAGAGCGUCUUCGAAGGACUCGCCGAGUCACAAUUGUCCGAUCUGCGCAAGGACAUCGAGACGUACAUGAACUUGGAGUCCAACAAGAAGAACCGAGAAUACUGGCGGACGAUGCAGAUCAUAUGCAAGGACAGACAGAAGAAAAUACGGACAGGUGGACCGGAAGGACGGGCGGUCAGUUCUGUGGCGUCGGACAUUGACAAAUUGCUCUCCCCGAAGACGUACGAGCAGUUGGAAGUGCUGGAGAAACAGAUCCGGUCGAAGCUCGACUCCGACGAGCCCAUCGACACCGAUUACUGGCAGCAACUGCUGGAUAGCCUGCUUGUGUGGAAGGCAAAGGCCAAACUGAAAAGGGUGUAUCAGGACGUUCUCGAUUCACGACUCAAGCAAUUACGAGACGAGAACGAAGGGAAAGCGAACGAGGCAUGCCAGCAGAUGCUCGAUGCUGGCGUCCAACCCGCCGCCCGGACCGUCGAGUACACAAAAGAGCUGGACCCGGACCCAUUACUUGAGAUCCCAUCCAGGGACAAAGGUCUUGAUAUCGUCGACGAGCAGGACUUUCUACGUUCUGUCGCCAGUGCCAGACGUAAAGUUCUAAACAUGGGUUACGUACCCGAACCAAAAUCCACGGGUUCAAAAUCCUCGUCAUCCACAACAAUCACAACAACACAAACCUCGCGUGCCGCCGCCGCCGCCGCUCGCCCCGAUCCGACGUCUCGCUUCGACACCGUCGACGAUUCGUUUGCCACCAAAGCGCUCUUUGACCGCGAAGUUGCAAGGGGUGUCAACGAGGACGAAGAAAUCUUUGCCGGCGAAGAAACCCUCGACGAUCCGUCAACAUCAACAACCGCGAAACCGAUCUGGAGCAACAAAUACCGUCCCCGCAAACCGAAAUACUUCAACCGCGUCCAGAUGGGUUACGAGUGGAACAAGUACAACCAGACUCACUACGACCACGACAACCCGCCUCCCAAGGUCGUCCAGGGUUACAAGUUCCACAUCUUCUACCCGGACCUCAUCGACCCGACCAAGGCUCCCACUUACAAGAUUGUCCGAGAGGGGGGCAGGAAGAAGGGUCAGACCCUGGCCCCCGCUGGCGAGGAGGACACCUGUAUCAUUCGCUUCAUGGCCGGCCCCCCUUACGAGGACGUGGCGUUCCGCAUCGUGGAUCGCGAUUGGGAUUACUCGGCCAAGCACGACCGCGGGUUCAAGAGUACGUUUGAAAAGGGUAUCUUGACCCUCCAUUUCAGUUUCAAGAGGAUCGUUUAUAGAAAGUAAAGUACCUACCUAGGCUAGUCUGCUGUUUUGGCGUGGUGCACCGGGUCACCCACGUGUACCUCCCUACAGUACCUGGUACGUAGGUACCUCGGGUGGUCUCCUGAUGUCAAGGUACAGUGCCAGGCAUGUGCGCAUGCAUUACUUGCAUAAUUUCAGGUUACUGGAACAAAGGCCUCGGGCUUCUGUCUGUAUUUACACUGCGACGCGAUCUUAUCAGUUUGUUGUUUCCGGGUCCCAAGGUGAUUUCCGGGCCCCAGUUCUAGGCGCCCAGGGCUUUGUUUUUUUCGUGUUCGGCAAGCGUGAAGGAAUGAUCGUGCAAGGGGCUGAUUUUACAAGUCUCUCUUUCCCGCGGAGUACUGGGUCGCCCGAUCAUCUCGUCCAUCAUACAAGUGACGAGGCGACCAUGCACGGACAAGGAGGUCUCGAUCAAUCGGUGUCCGCAAGAAAAAGGCCCGGGGGACCAAGUCUUCCUGCGAGUGCGGCUCAUAGGGCAAGGGGGGAGGCAGAAGGAGAAGGAGGACAAUAUUGUACUCGUACUUGUAGUGAAAACCGGGGGUUCCAUGUCAAUUGGAGCCAUACUUCAC